GCGGCGGUUCGUGCCCGGGAGCGUUGGCUGCGCGCUCGCGGCCUCCCGCCCGUUCCGCACCGCUCUGCUCCGGGCCGCGCCGCGCGGUGAGGUGUGGCGUUCCAGAUGCCAGGUUUUAAUGAUUUUAUUUAGAUGUUUUUAAAACCAAUGGAUUAAUGAGGAACAAUUUUAUUCUGGGGACGGGAGGAAAAAAUGGAGCACCUUGGAACAGACUGAGAUCUCCCUCCACACCCCUCAGGCUAUGGAUGAGACAGGCCCAGUUUUCAACAUCGAUUGUCUUCUGGGGUUGUAAAAGUGCUCCCUGAAAACUCUCCUCCGGAUCCCUCACUUAACCUACCUUGUGCUUCUUAGAAAUGGUUGCCACAGACAAGAUUUGAUGAAAUUCAUGUUGAUUCACAACAACCAAGUAAUAACUCAGUCCGCAGAAAGGCCUGGAGGGUCAGGAGAAAGGAACAAGUAGGAAGAGCACGAAAACAUACAAUCCACUGGACCUUCCCCUCCAGCCCCCCUUGCAAAGAAAGGAUUUACAGCUCAACCUUGCACCAGCUGUUAUUCGGCUUUAACAGUCAAGAGAGAAAUAAAUAAAAUUAAACAGCCACUGCCAGCCAGCCAGUCCUAGAUCCUGGUGAAAUCAGGGAGAGUGUUUCUGCGACUGCCUUCAGCGAGGGGGAGGAGGAGGAGGCGGCAGCAGAGCUUUGGAAGGAAGCUGGACAGAUUGCUUACAAGACAGCCCCUUCCUCCUGUGCAGCAACCAGUGGGGGCUGCUGGAUAUCAAAGGGCAGAUUAAAAAGGAGAAGUGGAUUCCUUGAGACCUCUGGAGUGGCUUUUUGCAAGAAGUCUUACCAGUAACUUGCUCGUUCCCAAGGUGCUUGCUGGGUGGGAAGGUGCACCCAGCUUCUCAUCUCAGUGCUGCAAAUUUCUCUUGUCACCUUCUUGUUGUCCUAGCCUAGAAACACUUGCCUUCUCUUUGAAGUCUGGUUGCCACCAUAAGCUUCAUGAGGGCCUGCUUCUUGUAGGCCAUUGCUUAACAGAGGGAAGCUUUUAAGAGCCCUCAGUGUUCUUAUCCCAACGGUUAUUUUAAAUCCAAAUCCAGUUCUCUGUUCUGAGUUUUUAACGUUUUUAAAUCUCCUUCCCUACGCACUCAAACACUUGCAGAGCAGAGAAUAGCGUGGAUUCUUCUGGCUGCACUCUUGGGUUUCUCACUCUAGAGACCGUGGUGGACUUUGGCGAACUGUCUGCUCCAUUCAGAACUCACUCGAAGAGUAAUUUAGGAGACUGGGCAGCGGUUUACCCCCUUCCCUCUCCCCUCCCCUUUUCGUGUUUGUUCUGACUCCAGCUGGGCCUGGGCUAUGCUGCAGGGCGGAUCCCCCACCAGAGCUCCAACAUGCCAGCAGCAUCUGGAAAGAGAUUCAAACCCAGCAAAUACGUCCCGGUCUCAGCAGCUGCCGUCUUCCUAGUGGGAGCCACCACGCUCUUCUUUGCCUUCACGUGUCCGGGGCUCAGCCUGUACAUCUCCCCUGUCAUUCCUAUCUACAAUGCUGUCGUCUUCCUCUUCGUGCUGGCCAACUUCAGUAUGGCCACCUUCAUGGACCCGGGCAUAUUCCCACGAGCUGAGGAAGACGAGGACAAGGAGGAUGACUUCCGAGCUCCACUUUACAAGACUGUGGAGAUCAAGGGCAUCCAGGUGCGCAUGAAAUGGUGUGCGACCUGCCGCUUCUACCGGCCGCCACGCUGCUCCCACUGCAGUGUUUGCGACAACUGUGUGGAGGAGUUUGAUCAUCACUGCCCCUGGGUGAACAACUGCAUUGGGCGACGCAACUACCGUUACUUCUUCCUCUUCCUGCUGUCACUCACCACACACAUCAUGGGUGUGUUUGGCUUUGGCCUGCUGUAUGUCCUCUACCAGGUGGAGGAGCUCUCUGGAGUCCGCAUGGCAGUCACUAUGGCUGUGAUGUGCGUGGCCGGCUUGUUCUUCAUUCCCGUCGCUGGCCUUACAGGUUUCCACGUGGUGCUCGUGGCAAGGGGCCGUACUACCAACGAGCAGGUGACGGGAAAGUUCCGAGGUGGUGUCAACCCCUUCACCAAUGGUUGCUGCAAGAAUGUCAGUCGAGUCCUCUGCAGCUCCCCGGCCCCCAGGUAUCUUGGGCGCCCAAAGGCCGAGCAGACAGUGCUGGUGAGACCUCCCUUCUUGCGUCCGGAGGUGUUAGAUGGUCAGAUUGCUGUCAAGAUCGUGGACAAUGGUAUCCAGACAGAGCUGAAGAGGACAAAGUCCAAAGGAAGCCUCGAGGUGACGGAGAGCCAGUCUGCUGAUGCUGAACCACCGCCCCCACCUAAGCCAGACCUCAGCCGCUACACAGGCCUGAGGACACACUUAACCCUGGCCACCAAUGAGGACAGCAGCUUGCUAGGCAAGGACAGCCCUCCGACUCCCACCAUGUACAAGUACCGCCCUGGCUACAGUAGCAGUAGCAGCUCGGCUGCCUUGCCUCAUUCCACCAGCGCCAAGCUGAGCCGAGUGAACAGCCUAAAGGAGCCCAACUCCAUCUGCGAGAGCAGCCGCAAGCCCAGCUACCGCUCGGAGCCGAGCCUGGAGCCUGAGAGCUUCCGCUCGCCCACCUUCGGCAAGAGCUUUCACUUCGACCCGCUGUCCAGCGGCUCCCGCUCCUCCAGCCUCAAAUCGGCCCAGGGCACGGGCUUCGAGAUGGGCCACCUCCAGUCCAUCCGCUCGGAGGGCACCACCUCCACCUCCUACAAGAGCCUGGUGAACCAGACGCGCAACGGGAGCCUGUCCUACGACAGCCUGCUCACGCCCUCUGACAGCCCCGACUUUGAGUCGGUGCAGGCCGGCCCGGAGCCCGACCCGCCCGUCGGUUACACCUCGCCCUUCCUCUCGGCCCGCAUCGCCCAGCAGCGAGAGACCGACCUGCACGGCCGCUUUGCCAGCGCCGUCUCCCCCAAGCACGCGCCACCCCGCGAGCCUUCGCCCGUGCGCUAUGACAAUCUCUCCCGCCACAUCGUGGCCUCCAUCCAGGAGCGGGAGAAGCUGCUUCAGCAGCCGCCUGCCCCGGGGUCGCCGGGCAGAGAGGACGACCCAGGGCUGGCGGACUCGGGUAUCCAGUCGACACCGGGCUCCAGCAACGCCCCCCGCACCAGCUCUUCCUCGGACGAUUCGAAGCGCUCGCCCCUGGGCAAGAACCCGCUCACUCGCCCGGCCCCUCCCCGCUUUGGCAAGCCUGAGCCCCCCCACGCGCUGCGGGUGCGCUCGAUGGGCUCCCCCGAUCAGCCUGCUGCCCCCCACCUGGGCAAAUCUGUGUCUUACAGCAGCCAAAAACCAGCGUCUCAGGCCAGCGUCCCCGAGACAGAGGAGGUGGCCUUGCAGCCGUUACUGGCACCAAAGGACGAGGUGCAGAUGAGAACAGCCUACAGCAAAUCCAAUGGGCAGCCCAAGAGCUUGGGCCCAGCCACCCCCAGCCCGGGGCCGGUGCCCCUGAGCAGCCCGACCCGCGGAGGAGUCAAGAAGGUCUCCGGCGUGGGGGGGACCACGUACGAGAUCUCCGUAUGAGGGGCCGAGCUGCUCUCCCCACUCACCUCCUCCCUGGCUGAUGCCUGAAGGCCCUGGCAGAUGCCGGAGGGGGCGUUUUGCAGCUGGGUGCCCCCAGCUCCCACAUGCAUGGACGCUUUUUAGACUCCGAUCGACCCUGGGGGGGGGAAAGGGGAGGUGGGCAAGGGGAGACAGGCCCAGAGCUUUUUCUUUUUACGCCCUUCCCUGGGACUUGGGGGCUGUGGCACACACCCGAGCGGGGAUACUCUUCCUUCGCCCCACUGAGAGACUGCUGCUGGAGCAGGCGCUGCUGCGGGCGCUGGGGACUUGUGGCAGCUGCCCCCCCACCCCGGCGAGGUGGAGACCAGUCCUGCAGCCUUGUGUCUUGGCACCAUCUCAGCUGGGCCAGCCACUCGUGGGCCUUGUGCAAUCAAUCGCUCGCCUAGCGUGGUAGGAAUGGAUUGUUUUUAAACCAGAAUACUUUUUUUUAUUAUUAUUGUUACGGAUUCUAUUUUUUUUCUCUUUCUGAGUUACCAGGUGUGUGUAUAUAUAAAUAUCUAUAUAUAUAAAUAUAAAUAUUAAAAAAAAAGAAGAAAUUAUAUAUCUUACCCAGGGAGAGGAUGAAACUGCCCCUUAGCCCUUCUCCUGGGCCCUGGGUUGAAGAAGGGACGUGGGGCUGGGGCAGGCUCCUGCGCUUGUCGGCUGAGAAGCUGCAGCUCAGCAGGGGUGUUGCGUGCCCUCAUCGCCCGUCUGAGGAGCGGACGAAUGGAGGGAUGUGGGCUGGGAGGGCAGGCCAGCGCGGAGGUGGCGCGAGGGGCUCGAGCUCCCUGGGCAGAGCGCUGCCGAAGGCCGAGGUGCUCUUAGCCAAGGACUAUCCUCCCUGGUUUUCUUUCCUUUUUAAGCCUCUGGUGCUUGGGCUCCUCUCCAGAGGCAGCUCUAGCCUGGAGAGGAGGAAGGGGCGAGGGGCUGCAUCCCUCCCUGCAUUACUGCUUCCAAGCAAAGGAGGAGCGGCCAGGCAGGGCCGCGGGGUGCCAGGCUUGCGCAGAGGCUGGGGGCCUGGACAGAAAUGCUCGCACUCGCCAGCCUUUCCACGUUCAUGGUUUUAGCUGUUCUCCUUUUUUUUUUUUUUUAAUUGUUUCCCUGAGGUCUUGUCUUUUUUUUUUUUUUUUUUUUUUUUAUGGUUUCCGUUACUGUUUUCUCACUGUCGUGCGGUUGUUUUUAUUUCCAUUUGGGAAAGAGGAAGGCCAGAGGGGCAGCUCCCCAUAAAGCAAUAUUUUCUCAUCAUAUGCCAGAAAAUGCAGCGGAGGAGUCCAGUGCUCCCCCAUCACACGUAAGCCCCCUUUCAGGGCAACCCAAGCCAUGCAGGUCCAGUGAAACUUCAGGCACUACCUGACUCUUUCUCUAUGGCAAUAUGUCUCCUGUGGCCUCUGCAAAGUCAUGCUUUUUUUUUUUUUUUUUAAUUAUUAUUAGCCAUUUUAAAAUGAGGAAUAAAGGGAUAUUUAAU